GACGGUUCCAGGAGGCGACUAAGCAGCGCUGCCGCAGCAGUUGAGUAGCGAGGUUCCGAUUCUUUUUUUUUUUUUUUUGUGGAUCUUUUCGAGAGGAUUUGACGAGGACAAGAGAAGGCCAAAAGAGGUUCCAUAACACGUUUAAGGCGCCUGACGACUGCGGAAUGGCGGACAGGGACCCGGUGCCGAUACCCGUCGAGGUUCGGGCGAAACUGGCCGAGCUGGAGUUGGAGUUAUCCGAAGGUGACAUCACACAGAAAGGCUAUGAGAAGAAGAGGUCCAAGCUGAUUGGAGCGUAUUUCUCACAAGGCCCAGGCAUGGAUCCAUCCACAGGCCAGGAGAGGAGAACGCCAGCCACUCCGUCCUUGUCCUCUCGCUACCGCCGCUGCUUAUCUGGUUCACGGGACGAACGCUACCGCUCAGAUGUCCACACAGAGGCGGUGCAGGCGGCGCUGGCCAAGCACAGAGAGAGGAAGAUGGCGGUGCCCAUGCCUUCCAAGCGUCGCUCGCUGGUGGUCCAGAAUUCCAUGGAGGCCUACACGCCACCAGAUACCUCCUCAGAGUCAGAGGGCGAAGGUCACGGCGAUGAGGAGGAGGAGGGCGAGGGAAUGGACGGUGAAGAGGAGGAUGGAGGCGAUGGUGGUGGCAGAGGAGGAGGAACGUCGUCCAGCCUUGAGGGCAGCAUCAGCAUGGAGCACUGGAUCAGCCGCGCCAUCCACGGAACCUCCUCCACCACCAACACCACCUCCUCCAACUCCUCCUCCUCAUCCUCCUCCACUCGCAGCGGGGGCAGCGGGGUGGCGCGCGCUCGACUGGCCGAGGUCCUAGCGCAGCACGUGCACAUCUCAGCCCACCAGCACCACCUGCGCCUCCACCAUCAGCACCACAAGGCCCAGAACCACUCAGCCCCUCAGCCAGAUGUUACUGGGUACACCAACAAUGCCGCCGCCACUGACAGGAUCCAGACGGAGAAGACACCCGGCGACGGCCCCCUGGUCCAGAGACAGACACCAAAGUACGGCAACGCUGAACUGAUGGAGACGGGAGAUGGUGUUCCAGUCAGCAGCAAAGUUUCAGCCAAAAUCCAGCAGUUGGUCAACACGCUGAAGCGACCUAAAAGACCUCCACUACGAGAGUUUUUUCUUGAUGACUUUGAGGAGCUACUGGAGGUCCAGCAGCCUGACCCCAACCUGCCCAAAGCCGAGGGCUCCCAGAUGGUGGCCGUGCAAGGGGAGGAGCUGGGUGUGGUCACCAACUGGCCCCCCUGUCUGGAGGCGGCCCUGCAGAGGUGGGGCACUAUCUCCCCAAAGGCCCCCUGUCUCACCACCAUGGACACCAAUGGCAAGCUGCUCUGCCAGCUCACAUAUGGUAAACUGUGGUCCAGAAGUGUGAAGGUGGCCUACAACCUGAUGCACAAACUAGGAACUAAACAGGAACCUGUCAUCAGACCUGGAGACAGAGUGGCGCUGGUCUUCCCAAACAAUGACCCAGCUUCCUUCAUGGCGGCGUUUUACGGCUGCCUGCUGGCUGACGUGGUCCCCGUGCCUAUAGAAGUCCCUCUGACCAGGAAGGAUGCCGGGAGUCAGCAGAUUGGCUUCUUGUUGGGCAGCUGUGGCGUGAGUGUGGCUCUGACCAGCGACGCAUGCCACAAAGGACUUCCCAAGAGUCCCACUGGAGAGAUCCCACAGUUCAAAGGCUGGCCCAAGCUGCACUGGAUCGUCACAGACUCCAAACACCUAUCCAAGCCCCCCCGAGACUGGUUCCCUCACAUCAAGGACGCCAACCAGGAAACGGCAUACAUUGAGUAUAAGACGUGCAAAGAUGGCGGCGUCCUGGGCGUGACAGUGACACGUGUCGCCAUGUUGACUCAUUGUCAGGCCGUCACGCAAGCGUGUGCAUACACAGAAGCUGAGACCAUCGUCAAUGUUCUGGACUUCAAGAAGGAUGUUGGACUCUGGCACGCUGUCCUCACUAGCGUGAUGAACAUGAUGCAUGUCAUCAGUGUUCCGUACGCCCUCAUGAAAGUCAACCCUCUAUCUUGGAUCCAGAAAGUGUGUCAGUUCAAAGCCAAGGUGGCGUGCGUGAAGUCACGUGACAUGCACUGGGCUCUGGUGGCCCAUCGGGACCAGCGUGACAUCAACCUGAGCUCUCUGAGAAUGUUAGUGGUGGCUGACGGCGCCAAUCCUUGGUCCAUCUCGUCAUGUGACGCCUUUCUCAACGUGUUCCAGACCAAAGGUUUGAAGUCAGAGGUCAUCUGUCCCUGUGCCAGCUCCCCUGAGGCGUUGACAGUUGCCAUCAGAAGGCCGCUGGAGGAGGGCAGCACACCCCCGGCCCGUGGCGUCUUGUCCAUGCAGGGUCUGAGUCACGGCGUGAUCCAAGUGGACUCAGAGGAGAAACUGUCGGUGCUCACGCUGCAGGAUGUUGGCCACGUCAUGCCUGGAGCUGUGAUGUGUGUGGUGAAGUUGGACGGCGUUCCACAGUUAUGCAAAACAGACGAGAUCGGUGAGCUGUGCGUGUGUACAGCAGCCACAGGGACGUCCUACUACGGCCUCACAGGAAUGACCAAGAACAGCUUUGAGGUCGUUCCCGUGACCAACAGCGGCGCUCCUGUCAGCGAGUUCCCCUUCACAAGGACAGGCCUGCUGGGCUUCAUCAGCGCCUCCGGACUCAUCUACGUGGCGGGAAAGCUGGAAGGGCUGAUGGUGGUGGGGAGGCGCCACCACAACGCCGACGACAUCGUCGCCACGGCACUCGCUGUGGAGCCCAUGAAGUUUGUCUACAGAGGAAGGAUAGCAGUGUUCUCCAUCGAGGUCCUCCAUGAUGAAAGGAUUGUGGUGGUUGCUGAGCAGCGUCCUGAUUCCACAGAGGAGGACAGCUUUCAGUGGAUGAGCCGAGUCCUGCAGGCGAUAGACGGUAUCCACCAAGUGGGAGUGUACUGUUUGGCCCUGGUUCCGUCCAACACACUGCCAAAGACGCCGCUGGGGGGCAUUCACCUGUCUGAGACCAAGCAGCUCUUCCUGGAGGGUGCGCUGCACCCUUGCAACGUCCUCAUGUGUCCUCACACCUGUGUCACCAACCUGCCCAAACCUCGACAGAAACAACCAGAGAUUGGCCCUGCCUCUGUGAUGGUGGGGAAUCUGGUGUCUGGAAAGAGGAUUGCUCAGGCCAGCGGGAGAGAUUUGACUCAGGUUGAAGACAAUGACCAGGCAAGGAAGUUCCUCUUCCUGUCUGAGGUUUUACAAUGGCGAGCACAGAGCACGCCGGAGCACAUCCUCUACACGCUGCUCAACUCGAGGGGUACGACGGCCAGCUCAGUGACAUGUGUGCAACUCCACAAGCGAGCAGAGAAGAUAGCUGCAAUGUUGGCUGAACGAGGACACCUGCAGGACGGAGAUCACGUUGCACUGGUCUACCCUCCAGGUAUCGACCUUAUCGUGGCUUUUUACGGCUGCUUGUAUGCUGGCUGUGUGCCUGUCACAGUACGACCUCCUCACCCUCAGAAUAUCUCCACCACGCUGCCUACUGUCAAGAUGAUUGUGGAGGUGAGUCGUUCAGUGUGCGUGAUGACUACACAGGUCAUCUCCAAGCUGCUCAGGUCAAAAGAAGCGUCGGCUGCCGUGGAUGUGCGCACGUGGCCGCCAGUCCUGGACACAGACGAUUUGCCAAAGAAGAAAGCUCCUGUGCUGUUUAAACCCUCCAACCCUGACAUGCUAGCAUACCUGGACUUUAGUGUGUCCACCACUGGCAUGCUCGCUGGAGUCAAAAUGUCUCACACAGCUACCAGUGCCUUCUGUCGAUCCAUCAAGCUUCAGUGUGAGCUGUACCCAUCCAGAGAGGUGGCCAUCUGCCUCGAUCCGUACUGCGGCCUGGGCUUCGUCCUCUGGUGCCUUUGCAGUGUGUACUCGGGCCAUCAGUCCAUCCUGAUCCCGCCGUCUGAGCUGGAGGUCAACCCGUCCUUGUGGCUGUGGGCUGUCAGUCAUCACAAAGUGCGAGACACGUUCUGCUCGUACAGCGUCAUGGAGCUGUGCACCAAAGGUCUGGGCCUGCAGACCGACGCCCUCAAGUCUCGGGGCUUGGACUUGUCCCGCGUGAGGACCUGCGUGGUGGUCGCUGAGGAACGACCCAGGAUCGCCUUGACGCAGUCUUUUUCCAAACUCUUCAAGGACCUGGGGCUCCACCCCCGAGCCGUCAGCACGUCCUUUGGCUGCAGAGUCAACCUGGCUGUCUGCCUGCAGCUACACAGGCUGGGACAGUCGGCCAAUCAGGGAACGUCUGGUCCCGACCCGACGACUGUCUUUGUUGACAUGAGAGCGUUACGUCACGACAGGGUGCGGCUCGUAGAACGGGGGUCACCUCACAGUCUGCCCCUGAUGGAGUCUGGCAAGAUCCUUCCUGGUGUUCGCAUCAUCAUCGCCAACCCGGAGACCAAGGGACCAAUGGGAGAGUCCCACCUGGGAGAGAUUUGGGUGCAGAGUGGACACAACGCCAGCGGCUACUUCAGCGUCUACGGCGACGAGGCGCUGCAUUCAGACCACUUCAACUCCCGCCUUAGCUUUGGAGACACGCAAACCGUGUGGGCUCGAACGGGAUACCUGGGCUUCCUACGCAGGACCGAGCUCACCGAUGCCAGCGGAGAGCGUCACGAUGCUCUGUACGUGGUGGGCGCCUUAGAGGAGGCCAUGGAGCUCAGGGGGAUGAGGUACCACCCCAUCGACAUCGAGACCUCCGUCAUCAGGACGCACAAGAGCAUCACUGAGUGCGCGGUGUUCACGUGGACCAACCUGCUAGUGGUGGUGGUGGAGCUGGACGGCUCCGAGCAUGAGGCUCUGGACCUGGUGCCGCUAGUGACCAACGUGGUCCUGGAGGAGCACUACCUGAUCGUGGGCGUGGUGGUGGUGGUGGACAUCGGCGUCAUCCCCAUCAACUCCCGCGGCGAGAAGCAGCGCAUGCACCUGCGCGACGGCUUCCUGGCCGACCAGUUGGACCCCAUCUACGUGGCCUACAACAUGUAGGGGGGCUGGAUUGGAAGCGGAAGGACUGUGGAUGUUUUUUGGGAAGAAGCAGACAGUGUAAGGAUGUUGUUAAAAAAAAAAAAAAAAAAAAAAAAAAAAGGGGGGGGGGGGGGGUGUGGGCUGAUUGGAAGCCCUGAAUGGAAUCUUGACGGGCUGACUGCUGGUUUCCUUUUGCACUUUGAGGCCACUUUGCUUACCAAAAACAUGACAGCAAGUUGACGAUUCUAACGUUUAAACGUCCCCAAUGAUUUUUUGUCAUUUCUGCUUAAACUCAGCUCCACAAGCUGUCUGCUGUUUUACACACACACACACACAGACACACACACACACAUUUUGUAGCUCCACAACAGGAAGAUGUUUUGAUAUGAGUCCUUUGCUUACUUUAUUUUUUUUACCUGAUACACCUUAGCUCAUUUGCAUAACUAACCAGCCGCAGCCUUCUUCAUGUCAUGUAAGUAUGUAUAAAAACCACAAGUCAUUUAAUUUAUUUUGUCUCUUUUACAAGUCAGCCACGACACUUUCAACAAUGUUUCAAGGAACAAAAAAAACCAACAAAAAAAACAGUCAGGCGUUUAUAAUGGAAAAUACAGACCUGAUCAAAAUCUUAAGACCAGUUGAAAAAUGGCUAGGAUUUGCAUUUUGCACAUUUGAAUCUUAAUGAGGUUUUAAGUAGAGCUACAAUAUGUAAAAACAAGAAUGGGGAGUGAGACAAAAACCAUUUGGAACUUGUAAUUUAAACAAAACAACAACAAAAAAUGAAAUAGGUUGUUUAUCAGCUGAUCAAAAGUUUAAGACCACAGGCUAUAAAAUUCAGGCUAUCAAAAUUUUCAUUUUCUGUUAGGCAUUCCUGUCCUCCUGAUGGCUAAAGCUAAGAAGUUUUCUCUUUUUGAACGUGGUCGGAUUGUGGAGCUGCAUAAGCAAGGCCUCUCACAGCAUGCCAUUGCUGCUGAGGUUGGGAGCAGUAAGACAGUCAUUCUACAUUUUUGGAAUGAUCCUGAGCAUUAUGGAACAAAAAAGUCAAGUGGUAGACCCAGAAAAAUCACACCUGCGCUGAGCCGGAGGAUCCGAUUGACUAUCAAUCAAGACACAGGGCGGUCUUCGACCCACAUUAAGGCCCUUACUGGUGCCGACUGCAGCGUGAUAACCAUCAGACGGCAUCUGCGGGAAAAGGGUUUAAAAAAACAAGUUCAAAGACCUCGUCUCCUUCAACGCCACAAAACUGCCCGUUUAAACUUUGCCAGGGAGCAUCAAUCAUGGGACAUUGAAAGGUGGACAAAAGAUUUAUUCUCUGAUAAGAAAAAAUGUAACCUUGACGGUCCAGAUGGCUUCCAACGUUACUGGCAUGACAAGGAGAUCCCACCUGAGAGGUUUUCUACCCGGCACACUGGAGGGGGGUCCAUCAUGGUCUGGGGUGCUUUUUCAUUCAGUAGAACACUGGAGCUUCAGGUGGUGCAGGGUCGUCAAACGGUGGGUGCUUACGUGUAGAUGUUGCAGCGGGCAUCCCUCAUGACUGAGGGCCCUCGUCUGUGUGGUAACAGCUGGGUUUUUCAACAGGACAACGCUGCAGUUCACAAAGGACUUCUUCAGGGAGAAUAAAAUCACUCUUUUGGACCAUCCUGCAUGUUCCCCUCAUUUAAAUCCCAUAGAGAACAAUUGGGGAUGGAUGGCAAGGGAAGUUUAUAAAAAUGGCCAUCAGUUCCAGACAGUUGAUGCCCUUCUUCAAGCCAUCUUCACCACUUGGAGCAAUGUUCCCACUAGCCUCCUGGAAACACUCGCAUCAAGCAUGCCCAAAGCAAUUUUUCAAUUGAUUAACAAGAACGGUGGAGCUACUCAUUACUGAGUCCUACUAAGAAAAAAUGUUGUUCUGGUUUGGAAAGUUUUUUUAAUAUUUUUUGAGUGCUGGUCUUAAACCUUUGAUCAGUUUAUAAACAGCCAAUUUCAGUUUAAUUGUUGUUUUCAAUAUAUUACUUUUUCAAAGCUUGUUGUUUUUGCAUAUUGUAGCUCUAUUUAAAACCUCAUAAAGAUCCAAAUGUACAAAAUGCAAAUUCUAGCAAUUUUUCAAAUGGUCUUAAGAGUUUGAUCAGGAGUGUAUGUCAUUUUAGUUUACACUCAAUCCUCCUAAGGCCUUUCUCCUUUUUUCUACUUUGUCACUUGCUGACCUCUAGUGGUCGCUGCAGGAAUGACAACUCGUCCAAAUCAAAAAGAAUAAUACAAAUGUUCAAGCGCCUCCUGCUGGCAAAAGUGCAACUUCUAAAUCGUGUCAGGUGUACGACCUUUUGAGGUCCUUAGAGGUUGCGAAUGUUCUCAUUUCAACAAAAAUAUAUUUUGGAAAAAGAAAAAGCACUUUGCUCACAGUUUUUGUUCGUUUUUAAAUAAAUUGUCUUUUUCGACAUUUCAUGUCUGUUUUGACAAUAAAAAUCAAACUUGUUGCCUUAAA